AUGUCUUGUUUCCUGUUCCUUAUAUUUCUAACUGAAGUCUCUUGCCGACUGGGCACAGAUAAUGACAACCGACAUAAUUGGUACGAGAAGAAACGUCUGAAGGCCAAGUGUCUCCAGAGGGAUGAUGCAACCGGAAGACACGCAGUUCGUCGGUGUUGGUGGUUGGAAGGAGCGCGAUCAUGGUUCCACCGGACAUCAAUCUCCUGGUUUCCAGGACAGACGAGAAAUUGGACUUACGAUGAAUUGACAUCUCAUUGUAAUGAUUAUUUCGCGUGCAUGCAAAACACGAAUUGCUACAAGGACUACAUCCUCUACGAGACUCUUGACAGAUGUUCUCAUGAUGCAUUUUCAAUUGGUCCAAUGUCUUUUUGUGACAAGAAACUCAAUGAAAUCAAGAAAAGUUCUCCGGAUACACUUUCGUUCUGCGCAAAAGACUAUUUGGAUGGGAAAACCUCAAAAAAGUGGACAUGUGAGAGUUCGAGAGCUCUAGGGGACUGUCUUCUGCCAGAAGUCAAAAAGUAUUGCGAUUUGGAUUUGUUACCGCUUUUCAAAGAGCACCAAGACCACCGUCAAUACUAUCUCGGAUGUGAUGGAAGACUGAAAUUCGAGGAUUUGGAGACACCUUAUAAUCACACUUCUGAAAUUGUUGAAAUCCCAUGA